AGUAACACAGAUGAAAUGUGCUGCAAGGGGCUCGCUCCAAUUCACAGCCCGCAUUUCGGCCAAAUAUCUUUUCGAGUGUGCGUGGUCCACCAGUUUUUGAUACCCCCGCUUUUGGUUCCGGCCUAACUGGUCAGUCUGACAGUCAGCUGGUUGGCAGUCUUUCGAAGAGUUGGCUCGGAUUGUUGUUCGAUGACAAGAGAUGUGAUCUCUUCAAGCAUUCCGACUGAACAUUUAAUAGAGGCGCCAAUUAAUUAGGUUCUGGUUUAUCUAGGUCAAAAGCUUCGAUCAACAUGGAUAUGCCUGAGCAAGAGUAUCCAAUUUUGCACCCAGAGUAUUCUCCGGUGUUGACUUUCCUCUAUCAAAAUCUUCCUUUCCUCAGUAUAUUUAUUGGGUGUCCGAUGAAUAUUUACGCAAUUAGGACGCUGCAAAACGCAUAUCACCUGCCAAUCAGGGGCCUUGCCAUGCUAUGGUGCUCAUGCAAUUUCCUGUCAAUCUUGGUAGUCGAGAGCCUUUUUCUGUACGAGUCUCACUCCGAGGAGUGGUCCCUAGGCGGCUUUGCAUGCAAACUGUACAAAAGUUUCUCGAUGUUGCCCGUCUGCAUCAACCCAUGGUUCGUGGUGGCCUCAGUGGUCAGUUUUAGCCGCCUGCUGCCCCUCAGGGGCACGAUUACGUGGAUCUUGGCAACCCUUACUGCAUCUCCCCUAGUCUACAUGUUUUACAUGUACGGAAACUUGGAAACGACUAACGAUGUCGGCGCGCUAAAUCUGACCGUCAGCAGCUGUGCUCACGCCGCAAGCAAGGAUGAAUUCUACUGGACCAACGUGCUCAGUUUCAUAUUGUAUUUCAACACGCCAGUCGUCGUUGCGUUUUGCUUCUUGGUGUUCAGUUACCAGUUGCAACAGAACAAGACCGCAGAGUGGAGCUUCGGUUACAAAAUUGUUCGCAGCUUGUUUUUGUCGCAGUGUUUGUGUUGGCUGCCGCACUGGGUCGACCUGUUUUACUUGACCAAAGCCAAUGACGCUUUCAGCGACACAACCUUGGCCUUUCUGGUGGUCGAGGCCUUUGUCUUUUUGCACAUUGGGGUUCUGGUGCCGCUCACUUUGCGCCAAUACGCCCUCCGCUACUCGGACCUCUCCGUCCACCUCAACCCUUUGGAGCCAACAGUUAGCGUGGCCGAGUUGCAUGGGGUGCAAGAAGAGCCAAAGGACUGGCCCUAAAAAAAAACUUGUGAUCGGUGAUAAGCGGCAAAGCAAAUUUUUUUGCUAAGUGUUAUUUCCACAGACAAAAUAACAGUGUAUUCCUGUUUAAACAUAUUAUUUAUUAUAUAAAUAAUGUCCCAAAAUAAAUAUAUAAACUAUUGCUCUAAAAAUUAAUAGAAUAAUAAAUAAAUGUCUCGCGAAGCCCCCUCUGAUUUUGUCGGCUAAGACUGGGUGCCUUUUUGAGCUGCCUCGCAACACAAUUUCACACUCGGAAAGCUGUCAAUUAUCAUUUCCUCAGCAACAACUCGGCCAGCGUAUUAAGCGUAUACCAGCAGCCACUUGAGUUGCCAUGGUUUCCGAACCCCUGAGCCAUGCGCACUGGCCUUGAUGGCUUUCAGCUGGAGCAAAAGUGUAACAAGUGCGACGAGGAGCAAAAUGUAAAAGUACAAAAAGGCCCAGAAGGACCCCUUUUUCCAGCACAAAAUCCCGUCAAACCGGAGUACAGGGUGCAGCGUAAAUGGAUUAGUGUCGACGAAGGGACCAGCCCUGUAAUGCCUGAAUUGGAGGCGCUGAGCACUAUCCAGGUGGUUGGCGAACCUCUGGUGAUGACAUGUGGGAUGCUGACCUGUCUUGUGAGCAUCUGCCGGCUGUGCAACAUGCAGACGAAGAACGCGGCCACCGAAACGCACAAAACAGCCAUCCUUUGGUGCUUCCUCAACAUCAUUUAUGCUCUUUUUGACCAGACGGCGCUGACCCUUAUCCUCAAGCACAGUCCUGUGAGCACUUGCAGGAUUUUGUGGUUCUUCAGGAACUUGAACCUUUUAAGCUGCUCGUGGAUGACAUGUCUUUUCUUAUUCAUAAUUAUGACUCCACACAGAAAGUUUCCAUACGUCUCGCCGUGCAUGAUCCUCAUCGCAACCGCCACUUUGAUCGUCGAGACAUUUUUGCCUCUCAUUUUUGUUGAAUCGCACGGCAUUGAUCUCUGCGUCCGAGACGAGCAACAAUUAUUGCUGGACUACCGCUUCAUUUGCAUUGACCACAUUCCUCUUGUGACGUCGCUAGUGUUCCUGGUCUUCAUACGUGUAGCCUGCUAUAGAAAAAAGCUGUUGCAGGCAUGGAGGCUCUUCAGAAUGUUGUGCUGGCUGCAAUUUUCCACCGCGCUGACGCAUCUGCCUUUUUGGAUGUCCAAUACCACUUUCCUGAGCUUAUUCUUCGCACACGAUCUCAUUUUGCACACCCUGUACUUUAACGCACUUGGCUGUUUGGUGGAGAAGCUGCUUUGCUGGGUGGUGGUGCCGCUGGUUUUGGUGGAGGCCCAGAGCAGAUUUGUCAAGCUCGUAUACACUGUCGAAGAUGAUGUCGCACAUGAUUCAAAUCUUGUGCUGGUGGAGUUGGAAGAUUUAGAGCAGCCGACAUUUAGUCUCGCCGAUGUGAACGAAAGGACUGAUCUUUAACUUGAAUGUGAUUUAAUCUAUCAAAUGUCUAUUGAAUGUAAUAAAAAUUAAUGACGGAUUUCAAAAACGAAACAAUUUAUAAGUGUUCCAUAAAAUUAAUUAAAUAUAGUAUCACUAUGUAUUUUCCCUGCCGGCUUAACAAUAAAAAUAUUUAUAAUAUUUAUGAU